AUGUGUUGGAUUAGACCUUUUUCUUAUUCAUCAUUAUGUCUGACAUUGCAGUUGAGGAACUUGGUCUGGUCUACGUCAAAGCAUGAUGUUUACCUCAUGUCACAUUACUCAAUUAUUCACUGGUCUUCAUUAAGUUCCAAGAAGACAGAAGUUCUUAAUGUUUAUGGCCAUGUGGCCCCAUGUGAGAAACACCCAGAAAGUUUACUGGAGGGAUUUACUCAGACUCAAGUUAGUACUCUGACGGUGCCCAACAAUUUAUUAAUUGCUGGGGGAUUUCAAGGGGAGCUUAUUUGCAAGUUUCUUCGAAUAGUUGUUGAUGAGGCAAGAAUAUUGGGAUUGCAAUUGAGGAAGAAAAGCUCGGAAGAAGAGAAUGACCAACUAACAAAAAAUGAGGAAUCUAGGCAUGGGAAGACACUGAGAAUAGAUGAAAUGAUGUCUUUAUAA